UUUGAUAGAAUGCAAUAGAUGUGUCAAACUGUCAAAGUUCCUUGCCGAAAGUCUUUCUGUCAAAGUUGUUCUUUCGAACAUAAAAACAUAAGCAAUGGCUAAGUCUAAGAACCAUACGAAUCACAACCAAAACCGCAAAGCUCACAGAAAUGGGAUCAAAAAACCAAAGAAGUUCAGACAUGAAUCUACUCUUGGCAUGGACCCUAAAUUCUUGAGGAACCAGAGGUUUUGUAAAAAGGGUAACCUGAAGCCUGCAAAACAACUUGCACGAGCAGCAGAAAAGAAAGCAGCCCGUGAAGCUAAGGCUAAGAAAUGAUCCAUUAGAUUUAAGAAAUAAAAAAAUUAAAUAACAAAA